GGGCCCUGGCGGCCCGGGGAGAGAGAGAGAGGCGGACGCAACGCACCGGACCGCGGGCCGGGAGCGCGCACGCCGCGCCGCGCCCUUGCCGCCGCCGCCCGGGAGCAGCUGCCGCCACAGGUGCCGCAGAUGGUGUCCGCCGACCCCGCUGGUCCGCGUGUGCCAGGCUGAUCCAUGGUCGCUUUCCGGGAUGGCAGCAAGGUGACGCCAGCCGAGGAUGACCCUGACUGACAGGCUGCGCGAGAAGAUCUCUCAGGCCUUCUACCACCAUGGGCUGCUCUGCGCGUCCUACCCCAUCCCCAUCAUCCUCUUCACGGGGCUCUGCAUCCUAGCCUGCUGCUACCCCCUGCUGAAGCUGCCCCUGCCCGGGACGGGACCCGUGGAGUUCGCCACCCCCGUGAAGGACUACGCGCCCCCGCCCGUGGCCGCCGACCGCAGGCCAGGGGAGCCCAGCGAGCAGCCGGACUGGUACGUGGGAGCCCCGGUGGCCUACAUCCAGCAGAUCUUCGUGAAGUCCUCGGUGUCCCCCUGGCACCGGAACCUCCUGGCCGUGGACGUGUUCCGCUCCCCUCUGUCCCGGGCCUUCCAGCUGGUGGAGGAGAUCCGGAACCACGUGCUGCGGGACAGCUCGGGGACCAGGAGCCUGGAGGAGGUGUGCCUGCAGGUGACCGACCUGCUGCCAGGCCUCAGGAAGCUCCGGAACCUGCUCCCCGAGCAUGGAUGCCUGCUGCUGUCCCCGGCCAACUUCUGGCAGAACGACCGCGAGCACUUCCAUGCCGACCCCGAUAUCAUCAGGACCAUCCACCAGCACGAGCCCAAGACCCUGCAGACCUCGGCCACGCUCAAAGACCUGCUGUUCGGCGUCCCCGGGAAGUACAGCGGCGUGGGCCUGUUCACCCGGAAGAGGAUGGCCUCCUACACCAUCACCCUGGUCUUCCGGCGCUACCAUGCCAAGUUCCUGGGCAGCCUGCGGGCCCGCCUGAUGCUGCUGCACCCCAGCCCCAACUGCAGCCUGCGGGCCGAGAGCCUGGUGCACGUGCACUUCAAGGAGGAGAUCGGCGUCGCCGAGCUCGUCCCCCUCGUGACCACCUACAUCCUCCUGUUCGCCUACAUCUACUUCUCCACGCGCAAGAUCGACAUGGUCAAGUCCAAGUGGGGGCUGGCGCUGGCCGCCGUGGUCACCGUGCUCAGCUCGCUGCUCAUGUCCGUGGGGCUCUGCACGCUCUUCGGCCUGACGCCCACCCUCAACGGCGGCGAGAUCUUCCCCUACCUCGUGGUGGUCAUCGGGCUGGAGAACGUGCUGGUGCUCACCAAGUCGGUGGUCUCGACGCCCGUGGACCUGGAGGUGAAGCUGCGCAUCGCCCAAGGCCUCAGCUGCGAGAGCUGGUCCAUCAUGAAGAACAUGGCCACGGAGCUGGUCAUCAUCCUCAUCGGCUACUUCACACUCGUGCCCGCCAUCCAGGAGUUCUGUCUUUUUGCCGUCGUGGGCCUGGUGUCUGACUUCUUCCUUCAGAUGCUCUUUUUCACCACCGUCCUGUCCAUCGACAUCCGCCGGAUGGAGCUGGCAGACCUGAACAAGCGGCUGCCCCCCGAAGCCUGCCUGCCCCCCGCGAAGCCAGUGGGGCGUCCAGCGCGCUUCGAGCGGCAGCUGGCCGCGCGGCCGUCCACGCCUCACACCAUCACGCUGCAGCCGUCCUCCUUCCGGAACCUGCGGCUCCCCAAGAGGCUGCGUGUCAUCUACUUCCUGGCGCGCACCCGCCUGGCUCAGCGCCUCAUCAUGGCCGGCACGGUUGUCUGGAUCGGCAUCCUGGUGUACACGGACCCGGCAGGGCUGCGCACCUACCUCGCUGCCCAGGUGACGGAGCAGAGCCCCCUGGGUGAGGGCACCCUGACCCCCAUGCCUGUGCCUGGGGGCGUGCUGCCGGCCAGCCACCCGGACCCCGCCUUCUCCAUCUUCCCACCGGACGCCCCUAAGUUCCCCGAGAACCACACGUUGCCGGGGGAGACGCCCGAGUCUGGGGCUCCGGUAGAGGGCAUCCAGGACAGCCCUGUCCCAGAGGUCACCUGGGGGCCUGAGGACGAGGAACUUUGGAGGAAGUUGUCCUUCCGCCACUGGCCGACGCUGUUCAGCUACUACAACAUCACUCUGGCCAAGAGGUACAUCAGCCUGCUGCCUGUCAUCCCAGUCACGCUCCACCUGAACCCAAGGGAGGCCCUGGAGGGGCGGCACCCUCAGGACAGCCAAAGCGCCUGGCCCCCACCGCAGCCCGGUCCUGGCGGGCUCUGGGAGGCCGGCCCCAAGGGGCCAGGCGUGGCACAGGCCCACGGAGACGUCACCCUGUACAAGGUGGCGGCGCUCGGCCUGGCCUCUGGCAUCGUCCUCGUGUUGCUGCUGCUCUGCCUCUACCGCGUGCUCUGUCCGCGCAACUACGGGCAGCCGGGGGGCGGGCCCGGCCGGCGGCGCCGCGGAGACUUGCCCUGUGACGACUACGGCUACACGCCUCCCGAGACGGAGAUUGUGCCCCUGGUGCUGCGCGGGCACCUCAUGGACAUCGAGUGUCUGGCCAGCGACGGCAUGCUGCUGGUGAGCUGCUGCCUGGCCGGCCGUGUGUGCGUGUGGGACGCGCAGACCGGGGACUGCCUCACGCGCAUCCCGCGCCCCAGGCAGCGCCGGGACAGCGGCAGCAGCAGCGUGUUUGAGGUCCAGGAGAGCUGGGAGCGGCUGUCCGACGGCGGCAAGAGCGGCCCAGAGGAGCCAGGGGACAGCCCUCCGCUGCAGCACCGGCCCCAGGGCCCCGCACCGCCGUCCCUCUUCGGGGACCAGCCGGACCUCACCUGCUUGAUCGACACCAACUUCUCGGUUCGGACACCGCUCUCAGAGUCCCCUCGGCCUGAGCCCCGGCACCGGGCGGGCUGCGGCCGCGCCCGCGACAACCCAGGCUACGAUUUCAGCCGCCUGGUGCAGCGCGUGUACCAGCAGGAGGGGCUCGCCCCGGUCCACGCGCCGGUCCUGCGCCCACCCUCCCCCGGGCCCACGCUGCCGCUGGCCCCUGAGGACGAGGGGGGCUGUCCUCCCGAGAAGAGCUCUCUGGCCCUCGCCUGGGCCCCCAGUGCGGAGGGCUCCGUCUGGAGCCUGGAGCUGCAAGGCAGCCUCAUCGUGGUGGGCCGCAGCAGCGGCCGGCUGGAGGUGUGGGACGCCAUCGAGGGUACGCUGCGCUGCAGCAGCGAGGAGGUCCCCUCGGGAAUCACGGACCUCGUGUUCCUGGACAAAAGGAUUGUGGCCGCCCGGCUCAACGGGUCCCUCGAUUUCUUCUCCCUGGAGACCCACACUGCCUUCAGCCCCCUGCAGUUCCGAGGUCAGAGGGGCUGGGCUGGGCAGGUUCCUGCGCCUGGGGCUGGGGCACCUCUCAGAGACCCCUCACUGGGCCCGCUGUCCCCAGGACAGGGCAGCUCGCCCACGACCCCCGUGUACAGCAGCAGUGACACGGUGUGCUGCCGCCUGACCCACACGGUGCCCUGCGCGCACCAGAAACCCAUCACAGCCCUGAAGGCCGCUGCUGGGCGCCUGGUGACUGGGAGCCAAGACCACACGCUGAGGGUGUUCCGUCUGGAGGACUCGUGCUGCCUCUUCACCCUGCAGGGCCACUCGGGGGCCAUCACGGCCGUGUACAUGGACCAGACCAUGGUGCUGGCCAGCGGAGGACAAGACGGGGCCAUCUGCCUCUGGGACGUGCUGACCGGCAGCCGCGUCAGCCACACGUUCGCUCACCGCGGGGACGUCACCUCCCUCACCUGCACCGCCUCCUGCGUCAUCAGCAGCGGCCUUGACGACCUCAUCAGCAUCUGGGACCGCAGCACGAGCAUCAAGCUCUACUCCAUUCAGCAGGACCUGGGCUGUGGCGCAAGCUUGGGUGUCAUCUCAGACAACCUGCUGGUGACCGGUGGCCAAGGCUGUGUCUCCUUUUGGGACCUAAACUAUGGGGACCUGUUACAGACCGUCUACCUGGGUAAGGAGAGUGAGGCCCAGCCCGCCCGCCAGAUCCUGGUGCUGGACAACGCCGCCAUCGUCUGCAACUUCGGCAGCGAGCUCAGCCUGGUGUACGUGCCCUCCGUGCUGGAGAAGCUGGACUGAGGGGGGCGGGGGCUCUCUGGAGCCAGCGCACGGGACCUCGAGGGGGGAGGAGCUCAGGCUUCUGGAGCCUGCCUCUGAGCUGUCCUCUCUGGGGAC